UUUGGUUGCCUGGUGCCUCAAAUUUCUAGUGGGUUUUUUUUUCUUUUUUUUUUUCUUUUUUUUUUUUUUACUCCAGUUGCUUGGAGUGCUGAGCUGCAUUGGAUAAAUGCCUUUGCCAUCCGACUGACUCUGCUUUUCAGAGAAUAUAUACUUUUUUUUUUUUUUUUUAAGAACACCUCUCUACUCUUCAAUACUUGUUUUGCAUUUUACACAACAGAACCGUUUCUCAGAGUAGUGGACGCAUUCAGAAUCGCUGCCUGAUGCUCCGGAGAGAUGAAUUGCAGCUGAGUUUCCCUUUCACCUUUGGAUGAAUGUCUGGAGUCUAAAUUGUAGCAAAGAAGGGGAUAAAAAACACGAUGAAAGAGAAGUCUAAAAAUGCUGCCCGGACUAGACGGGAGAAAGAAAACAGUGAAUUUUAUGAACUGGCUAAAUUACUACCCCUGCCCUCCGCUAUCACCUCUCAGCUGGACAAAGCAUCCAUAAUCAGACUCACCACCAGCUAUUUAAAAAUGAGGGUGGUUUUCCCAGAAGGACUCGGAGAAGCCUGGGGUCACUCCAGCCGAACCAGCCCACUGGAUAAUGUUGGACGGGAACUGGGAUCCCAUCUUUUGCAGACGUUGGACGGUUUCAUAUUUGUCGUGGCUCCAGAUGGCAAGAUCAUGUACAUCUCGGAGACUGCCUCGGUGCACCUGGGCUUGUCGCAGGUAGAGCUGACCGGUAAUAGCAUUUACGAGUACAUCCACCCCGCCGACCACGAUGAGAUGACGGCGGUGCUGACGGCCCACCAACCCUACCACUCGCACUUCGUGCAGGAGUACGAGAUCGAGAGGUCCUUUUUCCUGAGGAUGAAGUGCGUCCUGGCCAAGAGGAACGCGGGCCUGACCUGCGGGGGCUACAAGGUCAUUCACUGCAGCGGGUACCUGAAAAUCCGCCAGUACAGCCUGGAUAUGUCCCCCUUCGAUGGCUGCUACCAAAACGUUGGGUUGGUCGCCGUGGGCCACUCUCUGCCGCCCAGCGCCGUGACGGAGAUCAAGCUCCACAGCAAUAUGUUCAUGUUUCGGGCCAGCCUAGACAUGAAGCUCAUAUUCUUAGAUUCCAGGGUAGCUGAACUAACAGGUUACGAGCCCCAGGACUUGAUAGAGAAGACCCUUUACCACCACGUCCACGGCUGCGACACCUUCCACCUGCGUUGCGCACAUCACUUGUUGCUGGUGAAAGGGCAAGUGACCACCAAGUACUACCGCUUCCUAGCCAAGCACGGCGGCUGGGUGUGGGUGCAGAGCUACGCCACCAUCGUGCACACCAGCCGCUCCUCCCGCCCGCACUGCAUCGUCAGCGUCAACUACGUCCUCACGGAUACUGAAUAUAAAGGACUACAGCUCUCCCUGGAUCAGGUCACUGCUACCAAGCCGGCAUUCUCAUAUGCAAAUUCAACUCCAACCAUAACGGAUAACAGGAAGGGAAGCAAAUCUCGCCUCUCGAGCACAAAGUCAAAAUCAAGGACAUCACCAUAUCCACAGUAUUCUGGAUUUCACACUGAGAGAUCUGAGUCUGACCACGAGAGCCAGUGGGGUGGGAGCCCUCUGACCGAUACGGCUUCUCCCCAGCUCCUGGAGCCUGCAGAGAGACCAAACUCCCAGCACCACGAUGUCUCCUGUGCCUACAGACAGUACUCAGACCGCAGUGCGCUCUGCUACGGCUUUGCACUAGAGCACUCCAGGCUGACUGAUGACAGGCACUUCCACACUCAGGCCUGUGAAGGAGGCAGAUGUGAAGCUGGACGGUAUUUCCUUGGCACACCGCAGCCGGGAAGGGAGAGCUGGUGGGGUUCUCGUUCAGCAUUGCCUCUGACUAAGUCGUCCCCUGAGAGCAGAGAAGUGUAUGAAAACAGUAUGCCCCACAUAACAUCAGUGCACAGGAUUCAUGGAAGAGGACACUGGGAUGAGGACAGUGUUGUUAGCUCACCUGAUCCUGGCUCUGCCAGUGAAUCAGGUGACCGAUACCGUACUGAGCAGUAUCAGAGCAGUCCACAUGAGCCCAGCAAAAUCGAAACACUAAUAAGAGCCACACAGCAAAUGAUUAAAGAAGAAGAAAACAGACUACAGCUGCGGAAAACCACUCCCGACCCGCUGGUCUCCAUUAAUGGCACAGGGAAGAAGCAUGCUAUCUGUUUUGCAAACUACCCUCAGCAGCAGUUGGCAGGGGAUGUCUGCCGUGUCCCAACGGUUGCCAACACUCCUCCCUGUGAACACAUCCAGCAGCGAGAUGGAAAGAUUAUGAGCCCACAUGAAAAUGACUAUGACAACAGCCCCACAACACUAUCUCGAAUAAGCAGCCCCAGUUCUGACCGAAUAUCAAAACCUAGUUUGGUACUUGCUAAAGACUACCUGCAUUCAGACAUGUCCCCUCAUCAAACCCAAGGAGACCACCCAGCAGCCUCUCCAAAUUACUACAGCUCCCACAGGCAGUACUUUGAUAAGCAUGCUUACACACUAACUGGAUAUGCCCUGGAGCAUCUAUAUGACACUGAAACAAUUAGAAACUAUUCACUAGGCUGUAAUGGAUCACACUUUGAUGUGACUUCUCACUUAAGGAUGCAGCAAGAUCCAGCACAAGGACACAAGGGAACAUCUGUUAUAAUAACGAAUGGAAGCUGACAGGUUUUUUUCU